CUCUUGCUGGAGGACGUGUAGGGCGCGUGUGACCAAUUCGCUACAAGCCUUUCUUCGCAUACAAAGCCAUCAUAUUAUAUUUCCUGAGAUGAGGCUCCUAGCACUCCUAAUGGCGCUGCUGGGUGUCCUGCGCGUGUACGGGGGGUUCCCUUACACCUGGUCCUUUGCGCCUCCGAGGCUGACUAAACGCAGACCCUUAGUCUACCUUUCGGUGCUGUUCGGAUUCAUCGCCGUCACGGCGGUGGUUUCGGAGGCAGUGCUCUACGAGUCGGACUACAACUUCAUCCGCGAGGAAACCAGCAGAACGACGAUCAUCAUCAUGAACAGGACGAAACAGCUCACGCUAUUCUUUCUGAUCGGCCAUUGCGUGUGCAGGAGCCACCUGUUGGCAGAUAUGCUUUUUGGGCUAUACCGCCUGCCAAGCGAGCAAAGGCAAGCCCUUACGAAAACUGACUUGGCCAUGUCGUCAGCCACAAUGGCGACAGCUUUAUUUCAUCAUACUUCGGGGAUAUACAUCCGAGCGAUUGUCAACAAGUCGUAUACAACAAAUGUAAGAAUGAUAUUCUCUAUUUCGUUUGAAGCUGUUAUUGGAACCCUAAUAUUUAUCGUUCCUCUGAUUCUGUUCUUGACCAUCAGGGUUCUGAGUUCAUCUCUUGAGGACAGAGUUUCCAUGUCGCCUUUCUUUGAAACAGCCCCACGGAACGACAGCAAGCACAGCAUUUUAAAGAUCGAAGACAAACACGACGGCCAUUCCAACGUCGAAUGCAAGACGAGGUCUUGCUCUUCCCUUUCGCGAGUCCUUCAGGAGCCCUUUGUCUUAACGCCUCGGUCAAUCAACAUCGCUGAUCUGAAGGAUUUCACGACCUUCAUCUUCCGCUACAACGUCAUCCUAGAAAAAGCCAUUGAAUACAUGCAGCUGCCUGUGGUUAUCCUUCUCUUGAACGAGUUUGUCUCUCUGGCGGUCCUGGUGUUCUUGGUGGUCUCUGGAGUCGAGGAAGACUGGAGCUUCGUCUUGGGAACUCUCUUCGCCCUCGGAAGCCUUCUUCGGGCUUCCCUCGUCAUCUAUGCGCCCGCGGAUCUUGUCAGCACGAGACAGCAAAUCGUGCGCUAUUUCAACCGUUUGAAAUUGGUCGCCGCCACAUCAGAAAUCAAGGAGGAGAUUGAUCACGUGAUCACUGCUCUGCAAGAUGGCCCCACCUUUAGCAUCUUUGGCCUCUUCGUUCUGGGGCGCCACUGCUUCCUGUCCAUUGCAAGUUUCGUGACCACCUACGUGAUCAUCGCCUACCAGCUGGAGGUCGGCGAGAGGAGCAACCAGCUGAACGACACCUUCCUCAGUGUGCAACCUUGCAAUUCCAGUUUGUAAGGAAGCCAAAUAUUGCAACAUGAGUAAACAUUCUGUGCCUCUGAAAGAAAACGGGUUAGAAAUGAUCUCGGGGAAGAUUUUCUAAGACGCAGCAUCGACUAUAGAUGUUGCCUCUCGCGGGUUGAUGAGAUGCGCUUCGAUGAACAUAUGCUCUGUUAUGUUUAGAUGUAUACACACAAGCACACACACACAUGCAUGCACAUAUAAUAUAUAUAUAUGUAUAUAUAUAUAUCCAUAAA